GCUGCCAAUUCCCCAGUGGAGGACCGACAAGGUGUAGCUUCCUGCAUGCAAACCAAUGGACUAAUGUUUGGUAUUUUUGAUGGACAUGGCGGCCAUGCAUGUGCACAAGCGGUGAGUGAGAGGCUCUUCUACUACAUGGCAGUGUCCCUGAUGUCCCAGCAGACCUUGGGGCAGAUGGAGGAAGCAAUGAAAGAAAACAUGAAGCCUUUGCUACCCAUCCUUCAGUGGCUCAAGCAUCCUGGGGAUAGUAUUUAUAAGGAUGUCACAUCAGUACAUCUGGACCACCUCCAAGUCUAUUGGUAGGAACAUCUUGACCUACUUAUGGAAAUGGGCUUGAGCAUCUAAGAAGCAUUGAUGUACUCCUUCCAGAGACCGGAUUCUGAUAUCUCACUAGAAAUUCAGGCUCCUCGAAAAGAUGAGGUGACCAAGAACUUAUCCCUCCAGGUUGCUUUUUCUGGGGCAACAGCUUGCAUGGCCCAUGUCAAUGGAAUUCACCUGCAUGUAGCAAAUGCUGGUGACUGCCGGGCUAUCCUUGGUGUCCAGGAAGAUAAUGGUGUGUGGUCCUGCUUACCUCUUACCCGUGACCACAAUGCUUGGAAUGAAGCUGAGCUGUCCCGGCUUAAGAGAGAACACCCUGAGUCUGAGGACAGAACACUCAUCAUAGAUGAUAGGCUGCUGGGUGUCCUCAUACCCUGCAGGGCCUUUGGGGAUGUCCAACUGAAAUGGAGUAAAGAGUUGCAGCGUAGUGUCCUGGAGAGGGGCUUUGAUACUGAGGCCCUCAACAUCUACCAGUUCACACCACCCCACUACUACCCGCCACCCUAUCUGACUGCCAAGCCUGAGGUUACAUACCACAAGCUGGGGCCCCAAGAUAAGUUCCUUGUGCUGGUCUCAGAUGGUCUAGGGGACAUGCUGGGCAAUGUGGAUGUGGUUAGGCUGGUGGUAGGGCACCUAUCCAAGGUUGGUUGCCAUAAACUGGACCUGGACCAAAGACCAGCCAACCUGGGCCUCAUGCAGAGUCUGCCGCUGCAGAGGAAAGCCAGUGGCCUCCGUGCAGCUGCCCAAAAUGCAGCCAAUCUGAUCACACAUGCCAUCGGAAGUAACGAGUACAGGGACAUGGACCCAGAGAGACUGGAUGCCAUUCUGACAUUACCAGAAGAUGUAGCCAGGAUGUACCAGGAUGAUAUCACUGUCAUGGUGGUGUUUUUUAACUCAGAGUCAAUUGAUACAUAUUAUAAGGAGGGUUAA